AUGGCGGGCUUUUCGUUUGGCCCGCUUCGAUGGCGAAGCCCGCAGAAAGCCACUCUUCCCACAUACGAACAAGUCCCUACGCCAUCACCGACAAAAGAGAGGUACUCCAGGUCAGACGACUCGGUGUCCGAGGACGAGGACGAUGACGAUGACGAUGAUAUCGACAGCGACUACUCAAGCUCGUCCUCGUCUAGGACGGGCUCAAGGCACUCUUCAGGUUCAUACUCGUCGGGCGCACGAAUGCUGCCAAAAAGACCUUCCUUCAAAGCCAUGCCGAGGCGUCCCACGCGAUCACCAUUCUACAGGCUACCCAACAAGGUGGUUCGAUAUCUUUGUUUGGGUAUGAUGCUCGGCAUUGUCAUUCUCAUUGGCUCUCUCGUACGAGCAAGCCAAGUAGAAAACCGGAGAAUAGCCGAGGGGCAUGUGCCAAAGCCCAAGGAGGCUCCUCCAGCAUGGGAGUCAUACCCUUUCCUGACAAGAUACUAUGGUGGUGUACGGAAGCUCGUGUCCUUCAAGGAAAACAACCCCGAGUAUCCUCGACUUGCAGACGAGAUGCCAUACAACGCGUCCGCAGAGACCAGGCCAGUUACACCAGAGGCAGAGGACGAAAUGCAAAAUGCGCCGAUCCCCAGGACCAAGGCGUUUGUCACCGACUAUCCCAAGUCUGUCUUCACCGACAAGAAAUCGGAAAUCGUUGACUGCUUCCUGGACGCCGAGAGGACCAUGCAGGUCCCACCCAUUCGCUACUUUGAAGGCAGACCGCAUGGCUUCCCUGAGAACAUAAUGGGAUCCUACGACCUCCUUUCACUGCCUGAGGAUAUCUGCUUUGACAGGUAUGGGAGGUACGGCCCAUAUGGCUUUGGCUAUUCCUCACGCCACGGAGGCCUGGGAAUCGGGGAGCAUGGCGACAACGAAGGUUCACAGGAGGUGUGGGUAUCAUCUAGACAGGUUGACUUCCGUUCGGUCAAUUGGGCCGAUGCACAAAGACGUUGCUACGAGGCGAAUGCUGCUCGUUUCAAGCCUUUUGAGCCAAGGCCUAACCCUCCUCGUGGAUUUUAUGUUGGCAAGUCCGCCGAAACCAAGCUAGAUAAACGAGGCGAGAGCAACAUCAAGGCCGAAGCCAAAUCAGGCAACGAUUCGCAGGCUGCUACGAAGCAAACCUCUGGGCAGCAGUCACGGACGGCUGUUGUGAUCCGCUGUUGGGAUGAGUACCUUUUCAAGGAAGACGACAAGAUGAAUCUGCGUUCGAUUAUCACCGAGCUCUCCCUCGCCUCGGGGGGUCGGUACGAUGUUCACCUGCUAGUCCAGGUCCGAAACGACGUAGCUCAUCCCAUCUGGGCAGACGACGAGGCAUACCGUGUCAGGAUUGAAGCCAGCAUCCCCGAGGAGUUUAGGGGCCUUGUGACGUUGUGGUCCGAAACGCAGAUGCUGACCAUCUACCACGGCGUUCCGGACCUUUGGACUCGGGGUCCGGAUCAUCCCGUUCACGGCGCAUACCGUGGCCUUCAAAUGGCCAUGCAAUACUUUGCCCACUCCCACCCGGAGUAUGACUACUUUUGGCAGUGGGAGAUGGACAUUCGCUACACUGGACAUCACUAUGAUUUCUUCAGCAAGGUCGAGGAAUGGGCCCAGCAGCAACCGAGAAAGGGACUCUGGGAGCGCAACGCUAGGUUCUACAUGCCUUCGGUACAUGGCAGCUGGGAGGACUUCAAGCAGAUGGCGAGAGUCCAGAACGAAAUGGGCACCACCGGUCCGGACAACAUGUGGAAGAAUAUCCCAGGGUCCAAAAACGGCGGCUCCAAAGCUGGCCAGGAGACCACAAAGGGCGAGCAGACGGUUUGGGGACCCAGGCGGCCGACGCACCAGGACGACUGGCUGGAGGAUGAGAGGGAUCCUGAGCCGCCAACUACGUACGAGCGUGACAAGUACAAGUGGGGCGUGGGCGAGGAGGCCGACCUCAUCACACUCAACCCUAUCUUCGACCCUGCGGGAACUACGUGGCUGCUGUCUGAGGAUAUCGCAGGCUACAACGAGACCGAGGGUGCUGGCAAGCCCCCGCGCCGCGCAGCCAUCAUCGCCGCCUCUCGCAUGUCGCGUCGACUUUUGGUGACAAUGCACCGCGAGACUGCUCUCAGGAAGCACCAUGCCUUCCCCGAAAUGUGGCCAGCAACGGUCGCACUGCACCACGGGUACAAGGCUGUCUAUGCGCCGCACCCUGUUUACGUGGACCGACACUGGCCGACGGAGCUGAUGGGACGCAUCUUCAACGGCGGGCGGAACGGCGCUUCGGGUGGCGCGCGGACGUCGAUCUUUGGCCAGCGCGAGCACAACACACGCGGCCUCUCGUGGUUCUACAACUCGGGCUUCGGCCCGAAUCUGUACCGGCGCUGGCUGGGGCUCAAGGUGAACAACGAUGGCGGAGCCGACUUUGAGAUUGCAGAGGACGGCACCAAGGCCGGCGAGGGCGACGUCGGGCAGAUGCGCGGCGGAGAAGGGAGGAUGUGCUUGCCUCCAAUGCUGAUCCACCCAAUCAAGGACGUGGAUCUGCCGACGGAUAAGAACCUGGACGAGGAGUUUGAUGUACCCGCCGUGUCGGGGACGGAUCCGACGCAAUGA